CCAGGAACCGCCACCUGUUAGCAGCCGGCGCCGGGCAAUUGCAUUGCAUUUGCAGUGGAACGACAACACACAACACCAGUCACCAGUUGUACCGGUGCACCGACCUAGCUAGAGAGCAAGUGAGUGUCUGUGCUAGAAACAACUUAUCGCCAACAUGUCCAGUGUCGGCGAGAUCCUCAGCCACAAGAAAACGCCCGACGAAGACCUCUACGCCAUCCUCGGCUGUGAUGAAUCUGCAACCGUUGAACAGAUCACAGCUGAAUACAAGAAUAGGGCUCUGCAAUACCAUCCAGACAAGAAUGAAGGAAACAAGGAGGCCGAAGCGAAAUUCCAGCAGUUGAAAGAAGCCAAAGAAAUCCUUUGUGAUCCUGAGAAACGAGCCAACUAUGACAAAUGGAGAAACAGUGGCAUAGCUGUCAGUUACAAGCAAUGGCUUGGCAUGAAAGAGCAUGUUCAUCAGUCAAUGCACUGGACAACACUGAAGACAAAGGACAGAAUGUUGCCGGAGGGAGGGGAGACAUCGAGCUCGUCGAGUGGGGGGGCCAAAGUGCCGACGGCGGCCAGUCGACGCGCCUCCGAGGGGGGCGCCAACAUCCACUGGGGUGCGCGCUCAGGCAUGCAGUGGGACACCUCUGCGCCCAGCGAGGUCGUCAGCAAGUUCCGCAAUUACGAAAUAUAAUCUCAUCAAUCCACCAAUUGACUCGAAACUGGAUCACUUCAAAUCGAUGUUGUUUACGACACAAACAAAUCUCUACGCAUGUUUUGCAUCUGAAUCAUUCUAUCACAUUUGGGAUCAAUGUUGAUUGUACAUUGCCACUAUUCUUGCUAUAUUAAUCGUACGUCUAUUCGCUAGACAUUGUGUAAGUAAAUGAUCUCCAAGUGAAAUCUCUGAGCUUAAUAAUAUUGAUGUAUUACUAUUUGUUGGUGUAAACGAUAUGUACUCUACAAUGAUGUACCUAUUUAAGAAAGUCUAUUUAUUCUAGUAGUCUACGCUGUACCCUAUUUAGAUAAUGGCAGCUGAGCAAUCGGUCCAAAUAUUAGUAUAUUUUGAACAGGAAGGUAAAUCCUGGAUAAAUAUUUAAUCAGUGUACGUUAAUAUAAGAAAAUGUUUUAAAAAUUGGAUGUCUUGUAAUAUUGUCAAUUCCAAACUGAUGUUUUUUAGAUAGCCUAAAUCAAUCAAGUUAUAUAGCCACCCUUGAAUGUUGUAGCUAAUGUAACACGGUUGUAUUGCAUGGAAUUAUUGUAUAAAAGCUUCAUGUUACAAAAAUAAGCUUGUAUAAAUAGAGCCUAGCCUACAUGAUUUUAUAAUUAUUGUUGGCUAUGUCGACAUUGGCAAUUAACAUUUCACAACCCAUGCUAUGCUUGUUAUAAACCUUGUUAUCAAACUGACAAGCUUUUCGGCUUACACCUCACAUCGUUAAUUGCAUUGGAAAUUUAAUUAUAAUUUUGAUCAAUCUGUUAUAGCGUUUCUUAAAAAUUCAUUUGAGUUACCGUAAUGGUUUCUCCAGAAAACUGGAGCUAGUCAAAAAAUUGUCAUCUUUCAAGCAUUCGCGAUAAAAUUAUAGACAAAGCCCUAAUUCACAAGCAAUGGAGAAUAAUAUUAAUCCAAGUUUUUGCUUACAAUAAAGUUUAAGAAAAGAACUGACAGAAUAUAUUUUAUUAUAUUGAAAUUAUUAAUUUAUGAAGCUAAUUUCAGUUGAAGCAGUUCAUUAUAAAAUUGUUUUCACAAUAAGAAAAGUAGAAUUUCAAAUCAGGCCUAUGUUACUGCUUCAAAAGAUGGAGAUACAAAUAUAUUACUUCCUGAUAAGGUUAGAAUACUCGACAUUGAAGAAAAGUUUCUUCUAAUUCUGUAUACACUAGAAGCACAAAAAGGGUUAACAAAUGUAUAAGAAUUUUACAGAACCAAUGAAAUUCAUUCAAUAUAUUGAAAUUAUGCAUGAGACUUCAUUAAAAUUAUCGUUUUUUUUUUACUGAACUUCAGUGGGAAAUUGUAAUAUAUUGUCAACCAACUAAGCUCAAUACAAAUUAUUUUAUCAAUAUGAAUAAUGAUUUAUCCAUUUCUUUUAUCAACAUCAUUAAUUUGAAAAAUAUUUCAACUGAAUUUGUUGUCGAUCAUAACCGGACAGUAUUGCUGAUGUACUGAUUAAAACAUCUUUCACAUAACAACGCUCGUUUUACAUAAUUUCAAAUUAAUUUUUUUAUUAGGCUUGGACUUUUAUUUUAAUUUUUUUUGAAUUGGUAGUGUUGCUUCAAUAUUUUAGACAAUCUCAAUCUAAUAAAUUAUUAUCUAUUGCUUCCAGGGUUUCAAUAUUCGGACAAUCCUAUAAUCUUGUAUUAAAUUAUCAUAUUCUAUAUUUCUUGGAGUGUAUUAUCAUAUUUUUAUACUAAAUAUAUUUAUAUACCCAUAUACUGUUUACAUGCAUAUAUUUAUUGAAAACAAUAUAAAUCCACAAAGAGUAUCAACUUUAUUUUAUAAAUUUCCAAGAACUGAAGCAUUUAUUCAUUUGUGAUAAAUAAAUUACGGUGAUAAAAAUGUGAAUAUACUAACUAUUAUAAUGUAUCAGAGAAUGUAGCAUACUCUACUAUAUUGUCUGUCGAUACUUCAUCAAUCCCCAGAGUUAAGCUCAUCAGAAUAACUUUCAGGUGCAAUCCUGAGUAAUUCCUUACUCAGUAAGUUAAUUUCCAUGAUAGUAUACCUAAGUUCAAUGAAUUGUGAUUUCUUAAAAGGAAAACCUACAAAUGGAGAUGAUUUGUUACGUAAACAUUACAUAAGCAUUAAUAUUAACGCAAUCGUAAUUUCGAUUUGUUUGAAAUAGGAUUUUGUGAUUUUGAAGUUUCUAUAUAAAAAAAUGUACUCUCGAGAAUGAAAAAGCUUUUUUUGAGGAUUGAAUGUUUACAUAAAUAACAUUCAAUUAUGGUUUGUAUUCUCAUUUGUUUAUAGGAGAAUAUUAUAUUCGACUGUAAGUUUUCCGAAUUCGACUAUGGUUUCCUAAUCUAUAUUUUUAACGAACUUCCUAAAUUUUUCAAAACUGCAAACUAAAAUUUGAACUAAAGAGCUUAACCGUGGAAAGUUGAAGAAAAAAUUGCACAAUGUAUAAAGAAAUAGAUAAUAAAUUCACCACAUUCAAUAUAAACUAUAUAGAAAUGCAUUAUUAAGAUGCUACCCUUCCAUUGUCGAAAUCUACCCUGUGAUUCUAUUUCUAAGUCCUCUUAUUGUAAGUGAGUAAUGUUAUUACAGUAUUAACUUCAUUCCAGGAAUCUUCUGUGUAAUCGUCAUUUAAAUGUUACUAUAUCAUGUUAUAUAGAGUAUAAUGAAAAUUUUAUGGAUAUUGAUGUAAAUAAGAAUAUAUUAUGUGUUCAAAUGAUGUCUGUUUGUAUCAUAAAAUAUCUAAUAAACGA